AUGUCUUGGUGGAUCUGUUGUAAUCUGUGCUUCCAUUCUCCGGGUUCUGACCGCAAACUUGCCGUGACAACAUGUGGACAUCUUAUAUGCAAUGUUUGUUUUCAGAAAGGUACCCAAGGAACCUGUCUUAUAUGCAGUGCAAAAUGCCAAGUGUCCCCUCUUUCUGACAAAAGCAGCUCUGAGGUAAAAGCUAUGUUUUCUGAGAUAACUUCUGUUGCCAGCAAGCACUUCACAGAAAUCAGCAAGGUUAUUACGUUCCAAGCAAAACAUCAGAAAAGGCUACUCGCUUAUUAUCAGCAAAAGAACGAAAAACUUGAACAGUCCCUGUUCAAGAUGAAACAAGAAAUGCAGCAAAUGAUGAAGAAGCUUAAUGAACAGAGUGCUUAUAUCAAACGUUUGGAGAACUCUUUUCAACAUCAAAGUGUCAAAGCUUCAAUCGCACAGAAGAGCCACACUUCUCGAACACCCCAUAGAAAUGAACCUGCCAUUCACAUCCCUUCAAAUUCUCCUCUACCAUUUUCACGUCACUCAUCCUCUGCAAAUCUGAAUGAAAACAUGGAUAUCGAUGAAACAAGUUUGUUCAGGAGACCAAGGCUGACCUUAAACAGCCCUUCAGCAGAUGGACAGAUGGGAACAAUACCUCACAGAAUCUCCAAUCAGCACAUGUUGACAAACCAUUCUGCCAGUUCAGCCUCUGUCCGUCGUUUUCAAACCAUGUCUACAACCCCAGAAAUGUCCAUCGGUCACACCUCAGGAUGGAAAUCCCCCAUCUUCAAACCUCCAACAACCUUCAGGCAUACCUCUCUGUCUUCUCUGGUUAACCUUCCCCCCUGA